AUGAGUAAUUUUCACGAACAACGUAUUAAUAUUAAAUUUUGUGUUAAACUUUGUAAAUCUUUUACUGAGACUCACAAAAUAUUGCAAAAUGCUUAUGGUGAUCAGUGUUUAGGACGUACACAGUGUUACGACUGGUUUAAAUGCUUUAAAGACGGUCGGGAAUCAGUUGAUGACGACCCACGUUCAGGACGUCCGUCGACAUCGACAGACGAUGCUCAUGUGACAAAAGUCAAUGAAAUUGUGCGGUCUAAUAGACGUUUAACUAUUCGAGAAAUCGCGGAAGAUUGUAACAUAUCGGUUGGUUCAUGUCAUGAAAUCCUGGUCGAAAAACUUGGAAUGCACCGCGUUGCAGCAAAAUUUGUCUCUCGGUUGAUGUCGCAAGAUUAA